AUGUGGAAGGCAGCGGUCCUGGCCGUGUCCCUGCUGGUCGCCGGGACCUGCGGCGGCGACAUGUCGCCGGAAUUCGGGGUGAAGUUGUGCGGACGCGAGUUCAUCCGGGCGGUGAUCUUCACGUGCGGCGGAUCCCGCUGGAGACGCGGCCCCGUCAGUUCAGGUGACGGCGCCCGGGGCCCGGGCGUGCCGGCGUUGGGCAGGGGCGCGCGGUCCGCCUCCCUGGAGGACAUCCUGGGCGCCCUGCGCUCCGCGGGCCGGGCGGAGCGCGACGUGGUGGUGGGCCUCUCCAACGCCUGCUGCAAGUGGGGCUGCAGCAAGAACGAGAUCAGCUCCCUCUGCUGA